AAAAAAACGCAUUUUUUACCAUUUUUGUUAUUAUAAAAUAAGUGAUGGGUAACUGACUAACUGCAACUCAAAGGUUUGUAAUAGCAAGUGGAUAUCAGCACAAAGGGAGAAAAAAUAAAACUAGAACUAGAAGAUUUGGACUUUUUGGACUAAACCAUUAUUUUAGUUCCCAAAAAGAUUCAGUUUCCGAUAGAAGAUCAGGAAGAAAUACUAGACUUCUUGUGGACCCGAAUUUUGCACGUGUCUUAUAUAUCUCAAGUGUAGUAAUCGAUUCUUUACGUCUUGUUCUGACACACACAAUCCACGUGAAUGGGCUCUGCAACUGCAUUAGACAACGUUUCUGUGUUUCUGCUACUUCUUCCUCUGUUUCUUCAGCUGUCGCCGUUAAUGGCAGAGGAGCCAGUUCCAUGUCCAGCAACAUGGCCUGAUCAAUUCCACUCGGUGCUCUUCAUCAACAGAAGCAGUUCCCUGCAGAAGGUAGAUUUAUGGUACGACUGGCCCAACGGCCGCAACUUCAACAUCAUCCAGCACCAGUUGGGUGUCCUCUCCUACGACCUUGAAUGGGACAAUGGCACCUCCUUCUACUACACCCUCCACCCAUUCAACACCACCUGCAAGGUGGUACAUUUCGAUGUUGGCAUUCUCCGCCCCAACUGGCUUGACGGCGCUACUUUUCUUGGUCAUAAGAAUGUUGACAAUUUCCUCUGCAAUGUUUGGGAGAAGGCUGAUUUCAUCACCUACUACGAGGAUGUAGUUACUCGAAGACCUGUUAUGUGGGUCUUCUCCUCUGGAAUGGUUGCUCAUGUGAUGACAUUUGAGGUUGGUGCGGUGCUCGAGGAUGCCAAUUGGCAGGCACCUGUGUAUUGUUUUAGUGAGACAGAUACCGGCAGCUCACUCUUAGAAUCAUCUAUUGAUGUUGUUUCUCAUGGGACAUUGAUCAGAGGGAUACCCCAUACUGCUUAUGCUUAGGGGUUGUUAAAUUUCCAUUAAAUGUAUGCUGUAUUCCAAAAUAAAAACAUGUUGCUAUUUGCUUCGUUGAGUUGAAGCUAUUUUUAUCAAUGUUGUUUAGUCCUU